GGAGGGAGAAGCCCGUUGUCCCAUGCUCUUUCUUACGGGCAUAGCUACAGUUAAGAGGAGUACGAAGGGCUUCUCGUUGCUGGCAUGUCCGCCCUGAGAGCUGUAGUCUGCCGGGCGCUUUGCAGCGUCUCCAAAGCCCUCCUGAGAAUGACCGUCCACAGCGGCCGCAGGAUGUCUGCCAGAGGCUGCGGCUCUCGCUCCGGCAUCAGCCCCCUGAGAUGGGACCUGAGCCCGGAGGACAUCCGGGCCGCCGCGGCCAGCCUGAUGGACCGCGUGAGGGCGGCCCACGAUGACGUGGGAGCUCUGGAUUUAGAGGACGUUUCCGUCGAAAACACCCUGAAGGCCUUGGCUCACGCCAAGCUGGAUUUUGCGUCGUCGCUCCAUGUUCUCGAUUUCCCGCAGUACGUUUGUUCUUCCAAAGAGGUUCGCACGGCGAGCACAGAGGCAGACAAGAGGCUGUCCGAGUUCGACGUGGAGAUAAGUAUGAGGGAAGAUGUGUUCAAGCGAGUCACCGCCUUGCAGAAAAAGGUCCAGGAAAACCUUCCACCUGAAGAAAAGCGAUUCUUAGACCGACUUGUUACAUUAGGCAAGCGGAAAGGACUGCACCUAUCUAAAGAUAUACAAGAGGAAAUAAAAAGAACCUCGAUGCUCAUAAGUGAACUCUCCAUAGAGUUCAACAAGAAUCUGAACGAGGACAACACGUUCCUUGUUUUUUCUGAGAAUGAAUUAGGCGGCCUGGCGGACAGCUAUCUCAGCGGACUGGACAAGACGGCAGAUGGGCGGUACAAAGUGACAUUGGAAUAUCCCCAUUACUUCCCCCUGAUGAAGAGGUGUCACAACCCGGAGACCAGGAGGAAGAUGGAAAGCGCUUUCCACAGCAGGUGUAAGGAGGUUAACACUGCAAUCCUUGAAGAGGUAAUACAACUGAAGGCGAAGGCCGCAGACCUACUUGGUUACAGUUGCCAUGCGGACUAUGUGCUGGAGAUCAACAUGGCCAAGAAUGCAAGCAGAGUGUCUGACUUUUUAGACACGUUCCACGAAACCCUGAAGCCCGUUGGGAUCAAGGAGAGGAAGUACAUCCUGGCCCUGAAGAAGCGGGAGUGCCUGAUGAAGGGCCGCCCGUUCGACGGGCAGAUCCACGCCUGGGACCUGCCCUACUACAUGAACCAAGUGGAGCGCUGCAAGUUCGCCGUGAACAAGGACAAACUGAUCGAGUAUUUCCCGCUGGACGUGGUGACGGAGGGACUGCUGGGAAUCUACCAGGAGCUGCUGGGCCUCACGUACGCCGAGGUGGAGCGCGCCCACGUGUGGCACGAAAACGUCAAGCUUUAUUCGGCCCGGGACACGGAGACGGGGGAGGAGAUCGGCCAGUUCUACCUGGACCUGCACCCGAGGGAAGGGAAGUUCGGCCACGCGGCCUGCUUCGGCCUGCGGCCCGGCUGCAGGGGGCCGGACGGGAAGCGCCGGCUGCCGGUGGCGGCCAUGGUGGCCAACUUCACGAAGCCCAGGAGAGGCUGCCCCUCGCUCCUCCAGCACCACGAAGUGGAGACCUACUUUCACGAGUUUGGCCACGUUAUGCACGAGCUCUGUUCCAAGACCACUUUCUCCGACUUCAGCGGAACCCUGGUGGAGACCGACUUCGUGGAGGUGCCCUCUCAGAUGCUCGAGAACUGGGUUUGGGAGAAGGAGCCUCUGAGGAGAAUGUCCCGCCACUACAAGGACGGCAGCGCCAUCCCGGACGAUCUGCUCGACAGACUGAUCGCGUCCAGAGUCGCCAACACCGGUCUGAUGAACCUGCGUCAGGUUGUCCUCGGCAAAGUGGACCAGUCGCUGCACGCCGGCCGGCGGGCGGACACGGCCGCGGUGUUUGCAAAGCACCACCUGGACAUCCUGGGCGUUCCCGCCACACCAGGUACCAACAUGACGGCCAGUUUCAGUCACUUGGUCGGAGGGUAUGACGCUCAGUACUACAGCUACCUGUGGAGUGAAGUCCACUCCAUGGACAUGUAUUUUAGUCGUUUCAAAAAGGAAGGCAUUAUGAAUCCAAAGGUGGGAAGGGAGUACAGACGGGUGAUUCUGGAGGCCGGGGGCUCUGUGGACGGCCUGGACAUGCUGAAAACCUUCCUCGGACGGGGCCCACGUCAGGAGGCCUUCUUUCAGUGCAAAGGACUGAUUAAGUCAGAGGAAAUAAAGGAGCUGUGA